UAUAUACUUCAUUUUUUACGUAAAAUCACUUCUUUCCUGUUUAUGUACCAUCAAUAAGGGUACACCCUAUAUAGUUAAUUAAAUUUCUAACCUCAGAUUGUCAACUAAGUAGUUUGUGUAGCAAACAAGACAUUCAGAAAUGUAUUCGAAAUCCUAAAAAUUGUGUUUCUUAUUUAAAAGUAGAUAUCGGUAUCCUUUUCUUACGAAAUACAUCUUGUGGUUGAUCUGACUGAUGUAAAUUUUGUAACUGAUAUUUAAUACAUACAUGCUUGAGAUCAACGUCUCCAAUAAAUGUUUAUAAUAUGUCUUAUUCGUAUUGUCAUGUAACGUUUUUACAUGUAAUGAAGCAAUAUUUACACAUAUUAACAGAUGCAUUGAAUUUUCAAAUUUAACAAAAAAUGGAUAAUUCAAUAAAGUUAGUUGUACAUAGGGGCAAUUCGAUUUUUGAUAGCAUUAUUAUUACACCUUAUUCUGUGAUUAAAUAUGAACAGAAAGUUAGAAAUGAUAAUAGCACUGAUCAAACAAAUGUUAAUAUAAACAAAUAUAACGAAAGCAAUAAAAUUUGCUUUAGCAAAAAGGGAUAUAAUGCCUAUUUUGCAUCAGCGUAUGUUGUAACAUUAAUGAUAUCACAAACAUAUCGUAGAGCUGCGCUUAAAAAAUUGUUAGAAUAUUUAAUGUACCAAUUACAAGAUAAAACAAGCACAGUGGUGAUUUUAAUGAAACUACGUACACCAAAGAAACAAUUCUUAGAUUAUAACUGGAAUAAUAGGAUUAUACAAAUGGUAUUGGAAAGAAGGGAAGUAGAGCAUGCUAUGUCUUGGUUGUCUACUUUAGGUGGAGCAUUUUCUGCUUUAGGAGAAGAAUUUCAAUAUUGUGCUGAAAUGGCUGGAAAAAUUUCUAUGAAGCAGUUCAAAUUAGCACUUCGUCUUGAAGAUCCUCUUUUGGUUGCACGUUGUAAACUAUAUGCUGCCUUAAGUUUAAUUCAGCGUGGUAAAUUAAAAUUACCAAAAAGCAUAAUAAAGAAUGUUUAUCAAUUUUCACUUAGUCAAAAUGAUAUUCGGCUACAAAAGAUGUGUCAAGGUAUAUGGGCUAAACUUAAAUACUGUUAUAAAAUUAAGAAAGAACGACAUAAAGUUCUUCGAUAUUAGUUAUGAAACAAUUUCUUAUCAUAGUUUAGAAUUAGGCUAAUUGAAUUUCAUACUCAUGUUUGGAAAUAAAUAAUAAUGUACAAAAUAUUGUUUCUAAAAAUGUAUUUUUUGUAAUUAUUAACAAAUUAUAACAUUCAUUAAUAAAUUAAAGGCAAUAAUUAUAGUCUAUUACAUUUGUGAACAUUUUUAUUAGUUUUUAUACAAUCAUUGGUUGUUUCUUUAAUCUUG